CAAUAUAAGUCUUAUAGUUCCACAGUAAAGUGAUUCAGUUGUAAGAAACUAAUUGCACGGUUUAUUUCAAGAAGUCUAUCAAAAUGUAGCUUUACGUGAAAGCAAACUGUGACUUACCCAAACCUCGACUAGUCUUAUAAUAUUGGAUUACAACAGCUUGCUAGUAUCAAAUAAUAAGAUAAUGGAGAACACUUCGUUGAAUGAAAUGCAGUGGUACUGGGAAGAUUUGUGUGGGCCUGAGGGCUUCCAGUUGUGGUCACAAAAGACCCAUGAUUUGGGCAUUUGUUUUGAGCAGCUCUGUUUACAGCUUCCGGUCCUUGCGGUCCUUUCUGUGGUGUCUGCGUAUUAUACCGGUAGACAAGUGGAAUUUGUUAUUAGAGGCAGACAUCAGUUGGCGGCAAUCAAUAUCCGAUGUAUUAUCGCGUCGAUGUUUGCAUUUCUGCCAAUCCUGCAGGUGUACUUUUCGCUCGAAAGUGAUGGAGACAUGAACGCGAUGUUUUAUGUGCUCUCAAUUGUGCAAUGUUUGGCUUGGCUGUGUCACUUGGGAUAUAGCCUUGCUUUGCGAAGGAGAUUGGGAAGGAGCGCCCGAGGACCCGUGUUUGUUGUGGUCUUAUGGACGAUGCUUGCCGCAUGCAGCGCAAUUUCUUUACGAUCGAAUAUGAUCUUAUAUGGGAUGAGGGAUGAAUCUGAUCGUAAGAUCUUAGUUUAUUAUGGCUUCAGCAUAGUUCACGUCAUCUUUCAUAUCUUCUACGGAUUAACUCUAAUACCGAACGACGGAGAUACGGUUUACGUCACUUACGAACGGUUUCAUGACGGGGAACGCCAGAAUUUACUUACGAAUUCCGGAAAUGCGUUCAGCAGAUUCUCUGAGGAACAGGAUCCGAAUUAUCUUGGAGUCGGCAUGGAAGAUAUUCCGUGGCUUUCGAAAGUUCUGUUCUAUUGGGUUAAUCCCUUAAUGAAAAAGGGAGCCGAAGGGAAAUUAUUGCACCCCGAUGAUUUAUUCGAUCUUCCAGAUAAUUUGAACUCAACCACCCUGAGUAGGAAAUUGGAUGAUGCUUUGAUAGGAAAGCAGAGCAACGGUAAUGUCCACGAGCACUCUUCGAAUUCCAAUUCCAGCUCAUUGCCUGAUGUAUCCUUUAUGCAGGCAGAACAAACCAACGUGUCCUUAAUUCGGGCGCUGCACAAUUGCUUCUGGUUUCAGUUCUAUGGAAUUGGACUACUGAAACUAACUGCUGACUGUGCCGGCUUCGCCGGGCCUAUGCUUCUUUAUAAGUUAGUCAGUUUCAUAGAAGACAAAGCGCAAGAUGUGAAUCUGGGUUACGCUUACGCUGCAGGCUUAUGUCUUACCACGCUAUUAGGGGCCCUUUGUAAUGCGCAUUUUAAUUUCUUAAUGUCCAUGGUGGGUCUUAAAAUUCGCGCCGCUUUGGUAACCACCAUUUACAAGAAGACAUUAUCCGUAGGGGGGACCGUAUUGAAAUCAGCGUUUUCCGACGGGGAGAUUGUUAAUUUCAUGUCAACUGACACGGACCGAGUCGUGAAUGCGUGUCCCAGUUUUCAUGCUUUAUGGAGUAUCCCGUUUCAGAUUGCCGUUACUCUGUUCUUGUUAUACAAUCAAGUAGGAAUUGCCUUUUUAGCCGGUGUAGGAUUUAGUAUCCUUCUGAUACCCAUCAAUAAAGUUAUAGCUAAUAUAAUCGGCAAUCUCAGCACGAAAAUGAUGGAGCAGAAAGAUAACAGGGUAAAAAUGAUGACUGAAAUAUUGAGGGGAAUCCGGAGCAUUAAAGUCCACGUAUGGGAAACUCACUUUAUUAAACUCAUCUCAAAAAUAAGAAAUGCUGAAGUGAAAUACCUGAAGGGCCGCAAAUAUUUGGACGCUUUAUGUGUGUAUUUCUGGGCAACAACUCCUGUACUGAUUUCAGUCUUGACGAUCGGCACUUAUGUAGCUCUGGGCAAUAAAUUAACCGCCUCCACUGUAUUCACAACUAUAGCUCUUCUAAAUAUGCUGAUCAGUCCUUUGAAUGCAUUCGCAUGGGUCCUAAACGGUGUCGUGGAGGCUUGGGUCUCGGUGAAACGUAUACAACGGUUAUUAGAUUUGCCCAAUUUAGACAUGGACCAGUAUUAUGACGCGAGUGUCAUUUCUGAAUCUAAUUACGGUUUGGUGAUCAAAGGCGGAGAAUUCAAUUGGGGGAAAUUGUUGACGGCAGAGGAGAGGACUCGGUUGCACAGUACCUCACGCCGGAGGAAUGUGAAAGACAAGGGCGUCGGCAAAAAGUCGUCUAAAACCUUGGAGGGUUCGGAAUCCCAGCCAGAAGAACUCACCCCGUCUGAUUUUUAUUUACGCGAAAUUAAUGUUUGCAUUAGAAAGGGCGAGUUUGUUGGGAUAAUAGGGACCGUCGGCAGUGGGAAGUCUUCUGUAUUAAACGCUAUAUUGGCUGAAUUGACAAUUCAAGGCGGACAAGUCGCUGUAGCCGAUUUAGAGUUAGGUUUCGGUUAUGUUGCGCAACAGGCGUGGUUGCAAAGGGGUACAUUAAGAGAUAAUAUACUGUUUGGUAGGAAUUAUGAUGAGUCUAAGUAUACGAGCGUAUUGCAUGCGUGCGGACUGUUUGAGGAUUUGAAAAGUUUGCCUGGCGGCGAUUUGACCGGGGUCGGAGACGGUGGCAUGACUUUGUCAGGGGGACAGAAGGCGAGGGUUUCUUUAGCCAGAGCCGUAUACCAGGACAAACCGAUUUAUUUACUUGAUGAUAUCAUUUCCGCAGUCGACGUAAAAGUCGCCAAACACAUAUUUCAGCAUUGUAUUGUGGGACUUUUGAAGAACAGAAAUAAAACCGUGAUCCUGUGCAGCCACCAUGUGAAUUUCUUGAGCUACGCGGAUCGAAUCUUAGUAAUGGAAAACGGCACUAUCGUAAAAGAAGGUAGACCGGAGGAGAUACUGGAUGAUAUGGAUUUGAUGCACGUUGAUUUAGAAUUAGAGGACAGCCUGCAGACAAGCUCUGUAUUCACGGAGAGCAUAAGGACGGAUAGCAGUCCGGACAUGGACAGCAUUUUAAAUGAGGAAUCGCGCGAAACUGGAACUGUGCGGGCGAGUGUCUACGGUUCUUAUUGGAAAGCCGUUGGACAUCUGUUGAGUUUCGCGAUUCUACUGACGAUCCUUCUCAUGCAAACAUCCAGAAAUUCGACCGACCUGUGGCUAUCCUUUUGGGUAACAAACUCCAAUGCGAACGAAUCUCACAACGAUAACAAUACUAGAAUUGUUUACUACGCUCCAACGCCGGACAUCGGUUACACGACAUGGGAUUAUUUAUUGAUUUAUUGUUUAUUCGUCUUACUGAAUUCCAUUUUCAGCUUGCUAAGGGCAUUCUUGUUCGCAUACGGCGGAGUUCAAGCUGCCACUAAAAUUCAUAAGCAACUCCUUAAAAGCAUUAUGAAGUCAAAAGUAACAUUCUUUGAUUUUACACCCAUCGGCAGAAUAUUAAAUAGGUUUUCAAGUGAUACUUAUACAGUCGACGAUUCCUUACCAUUUAUUAUUAACAUUCUUAUGGCACAAUUCUUUGGACUUUUGGGCGCCGUCAUUAUUACCAUUUAUGGUUUGCCCUGGCUAACUUUAGUAUUAGUUCCACUUAUUCCCAUUUACAGCUGGUUACAAAGCCGUUACCGACUUACGUCCAGGGAAUUGAAACGACUUUCCAGUGUUACAUUAUCUCCAGUGUAUAACCACUUCAAUGAAUCAUUACAAGGUUUAUCGACGAUCCGAGCGUUCCGAACAAUGAGAAGGUUCAAAAGGGACAACGAGGAGAACGUGGAAGUGAAUCAGAAAGCGCAAUUUGCAAGUCAAGCGGCGGCCCAGUGGCUCGGUUUGCGAUUGCAAUUCAUAGGGGUUGCAAUGGUAACCGGCGUGGGGCUUUUGGCUGUUAUACAACACCAGUUCGACCUCGCAGAUCCCGGGCUCGUGGGACUCGCAAUUUCGUACGCGUUAUCGGUGACUGGGCUGCUGGGAGGUGUGGUGAAUGCUUUUACGGAAACUGAGAGGGAAAUGAUCGCUGUUGAAAGGGUGAAUCAAUAUGUCGACGAGGUGACACCUGAAAAGAGCUCUUUCAUAAUGGUGCCUCCGUACGCGUGGCCCUCUCAAGGCGUAAUCAGCUUUAACAACGUCGUCUUGAAAUAUAGGGAUCAUCUAGUACCUUCAUUAAAGAGAAUAAGCUUCGAAACGAGACCGGCGGAGAAGAUUGGGGUGGUCGGAAGGACGGGCGCAGGAAAGAGUUCACUGUUGACUUCACUUUUUCGCAUGGUUGAGUUGAGCCAAGGGGUUAUUACAGUUGACACGGUGAACAUCUCGCACAUUUCAAUUGAUGCUCUCAGAUCCAGGAUUUACUGCAUUCCGCAAGAUCCGUUCUUGUUCAGUGGUAGCGUACGCGAAAAUUUGGACCCGUUGGAGGAAUUCCAAGUGCAGGAAAUUUGGUAUGCAUUAGGCGUUGUGGAUUUAUCUCCAACCAUUAGGCGCAUGGGUGGUCUGGAAGCGCCCAUUACGAACGGCGGUAGCAAUUUAUCUGUUGGUCAACGGCAAUUGUUCUGUUUAGCAAGGGCUAUUCUGCAUAAGGCAAAGAUUUUGUGUAUUGACGAGGCGACCGCAAAUGUAGACCACGCAACUGAUCGAGUCGUCCAGCAGACUCUGCGAUCGGCUUUUAGGAAAAGUACCGUCAUUAACAUCGCACAUCGAAUUCAAACUGUCAUCGAUUGCGACAGAGUUUUAGUAAUGUCCGACGGCGAAAUCGUCGAGUUCGAUAAUCCUCAAACACUUCUGGACGACACCGACUCGCAUUUCUACAAACUGGUUAACGCCGAAUAAUUUUAUUAAUAAAUAUGAAGAUUUUUUAUUUUUUAAAAACAAUUUAUUUUUCAAUAGUAUUAAU